CGAAGUUUAUCUUACCUCAUCUGGAGAGAAGAUACGGAACAAUGGCAAGAACUAAGCAGACUGCUCGUAAGUCAACUGGUGGCAAAGCCCCGAGGAAGCAGCUGGCCACAAAGGCGGCAAGAAAGAGCGCUCCAGCAACCGGCGGUGUGAAGAAACCACACCGUUACAGGCCCGGUACCGUGGCGCUCAGGGAAAUUCGCCGUUACCAGAAAUCCACCGAGCUGCUUAUCCGGAAGCUGCCCUUCCAGCGCCUCGUCAGGGAAAUCGCCCAGGACUUCAAGACCGACCUGCGCUUCCAGAGCUCUGCCGUCAUGGCGCUGCAGGAAGCCAGCGAGGCUUACCUGGUGGGUCUGUUCGAGGACACCAACCUCUGCGCCAUCCAUGCAAAGCGAGUCACCAUCAUGCCCAAAGACAUCCAGCUGGCACGCCGCAUCCGCGGAGAGAGGGCUUAAACUUCUGUACCUCUAAGAAAAACAACGGCUCUUUUAAGAGCCACUCAAUACUGCACCAAAGAGCUUAACCAUGUGGAAAACUCAUCCAGCUCUAAUGACGGCAAAAUAAUUGGUGGAAAAUAGAAAGUUACAUAUGAUUACUCUGCAAACCAAAACUUUUAUGCAAUAGCA